UUUUCCCCGGUGAAAAUCUUAUUAUAUGCCUUAAAAUCAUGGAAACUCCAUGUCCCAGCUGUGAUAGAUUCUUUUUCCUUAAAAGUCACCAAGUUAAUUAAUCCUUGUAGUCUUCAAUCUUCAUACAUGUAUAGAAUUUUGUAUAUAUAAGUUCUCAUUCAAGAAUGUUUCAAGUUUCAUUGUGGUUGUGAGACAUAGUUUGGGUGGUUUUCUUUGUUGGGUCUAUUCCAUAUUUAUGCACUCUCUUCUUCUUAUCCUUCAAAACAAGAACUCUCAUGUCCAUGGGUGAAGGUGAAGAGCAACUGCUUCAAGCUCCAGUUUUAGCCUCUCUGACACAACAGGAUAAACAUAAUGUAAAGCAUGAAGAUCAAUGGAUGAUCAUGGAAGGCGAUGAUGUUGAUGAUGAUGAUAUUUAUAACGCAUCUUCACUUGAUAAUUCAAGUGAUUCUGAUGGAUCCUCUUCUUCAACAUCAGAUGUGGUAGAUGAUGCAUCGUCACCAAUCUCAACCUUACUCUCUUCUUCAAAUUCUAACAAUGGUCCUUUGUUUGAAUUCUCUGAGCUCAUGGCUCAUCUACCCAUCAAGAGAGGAUUAUCCAAAUAUUAUCAAGGCAAGUCUCAAUCUUUCACAUCUCUAUCAAGGGUAAUGAGCAUUGAAGACCUUCCAAAGAAGGAAACUCCUUAUUAUAGAAGGAAAAUGAAGGCAUCUAAGAGCUGUGGGAAUAGAUUGGAUGCCCACAAACUAUACACACAUCCAAAGGCCAUUAUAUCAAAGAAGGUCUCCAGAGUUUCUUUGUCUUCUUUAUCUUUUCCAGGCAGAAGAGGCAGUUUUCUAAAUAGCGGCACGCCUCCUCCAGCUCCGGUACAAAAGAAGUUUUAAUGAAUAUUCAUAAGUUGCUUGACUCGAUGUAGAUACAAUCCAUGAAAAAAAAAAUUUUAUUGUAGAUUAAAAAGGAAUUAAUAUUGAGAUCUAGCCUAUCAUUUUGUAGACAAUGCUUCGAUGGGUUUUUGUUUUUUUUCUUUGUUUUUAAUUAAAAAAAAAUCAUAGCUUUCCUUGAGUUGAGGCACUCCAAUCUACAAGAAAAUUUUUAUGUGCUCUUCAACAAGACGAAAUUUUUAGGUAAUAAACAAGUAGUGGGAUUGAGCGCUGA